CCUUAUUAUAUCUAGUUUGUCUAUAUAACUUACUAUAUUAGUCACAUACUGAUAUUUAAAAUCUUCGUUUAGAAAUGCCUGGUUUAAUGUCACUAAGGAAACAGGUGAUGGAAGAUAAGCCAUUACGGGGAGCCAAAAUUAUUGGAUGUACACCUAUCACUGCACCAACUGCUGUAUUAAUUGAAACAUUGGGUUCUCUAGGGGCUGAAUUGAGAUGGAGUGCUUGCAAUAUUUAUUCAACUCAGAAUGAAGUUGGUGCUGCUUUAGCGGAAGCAGGAUUUCCAAUAUUUGCUUGGCGAGGUGAAUCUGUUGAUGAUUUUUGGUGGUGUAUUGAAAAAUGUUUUGAAGGCAAGAAUUGGAAACCUAACAUGAUUUUAGAUGAUGGAGGAGAUGCAACUAAUUUUUGUCAAGCAAAAUAUCCUAGUAUUUUUAAAAAUUUAAUUGGAAUAGUUGAAGAGAGCACAACUGGUAUUCAUCGAUUAUACAAAUUGUUGAAAGCAGAAAAACUUUUAAUGCCAGCUAUUAAUAUCAAUAAUUGUGUGACAAAAACUAAAUUUGAUAACCGUUAUAGUUGUAGGGAAUCUGUGAUUGUAAGCUUAAAAAAAUGUACUGAUUUGAUGUUUGGUGCAAAACAAAUUGUAUUAUGUGGUUAUGGAGAAGUGGGAAAAGGAUGUUGUCAAUCUUUAAAGGGACUUGGUUGUAUAGUUUAUGUCACAGAAAUUGAUCCAAUAUGUGCUUUGCAAGCAUGUAUGGAUGGAUUUAAAGUUGUUAAGCUUAGCGAGGUAAUUCGGCAAGUGGAUAUUGUAAUUACAGCUACUGGUAAUAAAAAUGUAGUUAUUCGAGAACACAUGGAUAAAAUGAAGUCUGGUUGUAUUGUGUGUUGUAUGAGUUAUUGCCAUAAUGAAAUUGAUGUGGCUGCACUACGCACACCAGAGCUAAAAUGGGAAAAGGUACGUUCACAAGUAGAUCACAUCCGCUGGCCUGAUGGAAAAACCAUGAUUUUACUUGCUGGUGGUCAUCAUGUAAAUUAUACGUGUUCUAGCAUUCCUUCAUUUGUCACUUCUAUAACUGGUACAACCCAGAUACUUGCGUUAAUGGAACUAUUUAAUGCUCCAAUUGGUCGUUACAAGAGUGAUGUGUAUUUAUUACCAAAAAAAAUGGAUGAGUAUGUGGCAAAUCUUCAUCUGGCUACAUUUGACGCUCAUCUUACAGAACUUAGUGAGGAACAAGCCAAGUAUAUGGGAUUACCAAAAAAUGGUCCGUUUAAACCAAAUCACUAUAGAUAUUGAUCUAUACUUUAACAGUGCUGGUUUAGAAUAAAUACAAUUUAUUAUUCUCCUUUAUGGAGAAUAAAUUAUUAUUAUUAUUAUUCACAUGCAUAUUAACAAGGUGUCUUCAUAUUAUUGUGGAAGUGUUAAAAGCUCUAGAAUUCCAUUCUCCGAAUAGCCGGGAAAAAAAUAUUAAAUUAUGCACAAGUUGUAUUUAUAUUUUAUACAUUAAGUAUAAAUAUAUCAGUAAUAGUAUCUAUAUUUUUAUUACACCAUAGCAAAUAGAGAUAAUAGAAAGUAUAAAAAAUUAAACAUUAUUAUUUCAUUAGAUUCAUAUAGACACCGGUGUUCGGCGUGUGUGUAUCACAUUUCAAAGUGUCAAUAGAAAAAAAUUACUUUCAUCAUUGAUCUAAUUUAUAGAACAAUCAUUCAUGUGUUUACACUUUAGUAGGAAUAUACCCGGUAACAUGAACAUUUGGUGUAAUAUGCAGUUAAAUUUUUACUUCUAUGCAUUAAAUGAUCCAUUUGAUCCUUGUGAUAAAGGAACCAUUUUUCAACUAUUAUUUCCUUUCUAAUUAUUUUUGAUAACUUACAAUAUGAAAGAUUAAAACUUAGGACAUUAAUAAUUGUAUCAAAUAUUUUAAACUAUUUUUUUUAAAUUAGGUAUUUUGAUGUCUUAGGUGGAAAUCUGGUUAGUUUAAGAAUGUUUAAAUUAAUUAAAAAUAAGUACCAGAAUAUUUUAAAUUUAGUAUCAUAAUGUAACUCGAAUCAAUGUAGACGUGCCUGUUAAA